AUGAGGAAAGCACAAAGGCAACAACGAAACGUCAUUUCUACUCCCCUUAAUAAUAAACACCACACAUCACACACACAUAUAAAAGAGACAACCACACAGAAGAAGAUGUUAUCCCCCAUGAUUUUAUCGUCUAAUGUUACCACCACUCGCGUGGCGUCCUUCAGAUCCUGCUCUUCUUCUUCUUCUUCUUCUUCUUCUUCUUCCAGCGGUAAAAAAAUGCUCCAAUCAUCAUCAUCAUCGACGUCGAUGAAAAGAACAUCAACAACAACAACAAACUUUAAUAAAAGGUUGACAGAACAGAAAAGAGGGAGAAGAUCUGCGAUGAUAAUCAAGAGCGGCAACGGCGACGAUACGCUGAAAAACUUGGAGUCUCUGUUACCAGAGGACGAUUCCGAACGGUUGCAAAAGGAAAGAGAAAGAGAAGCGGAAGAAAAAUACAAGGAAAAACAGGAACAGAAAAGAUUAGCGGAGGAUUUGGCGAGCGCGAUUAAGAACCAAGAGAAAAAUAAGAAGAACACGUUCACGAUGGGUGACGACGGGGAGUACGAUUUUGCGCAGAAAUCUAUCGCCGCGUUGUGCUACAUGUUACCUCUGCUGGACUCGUUGAAGUAUUCAAAAUUUCUGUUGAUUCAGUUCCCGCUCGCGUCGUUGGCGUUGUUACCGCUGAAGCCGCUGAUUGAGUUAUGGUUCGCGCUUGGGUUCUUACAAAUUGCCGUAUUUUUUGGCAUGUAUUUGGGCGUAAUACAAAACCAGAACAUGUCAAGAUUUGUGAGGUUUAACGCGCAACAGGCGAUUUUGUUGGAUAUUUUGUUGAUUCUUCCGGACGUGUUGACACGAUUGUUCGCCGGGAUGGACGGGCAAGGACCAACCGGAGGAAUAGGUCUCCAGGCGGAAGUGAUUAUGUUCAACUCAGUGUUUUUGUAUACCUACAUCUCUUGCCUCGUAGGUUCUGUAUCCGCGACGUCGGGUAAAACGGUCAAGUUGCCGCUCAUCGGGGACGCGUCGGACUCGCAAACGAGAUAA